UCCUAAAAGAUGCACUUAAUUAUAUUUAUGUUGUUCAAAUACUUAUUGUACGGGGAUGUGCACUAUCGCCACAUUAAUUUUUAAACUUGUUAAGAGGGUAAUUUUAUUAAACGUUUCACUUUUAUUUAAGCUUUAUCAGGAUCAUUUAUUACUGAUGAUGCUUAAAUAAAAGCGGAACGUUUAAUAAAAUGGCUUUGUCAAUUUAAGGCAAGUUAUAAAGACGUACUUAAUUAUAUACAGUAUAGGCCUAUGUUUUUCAAAUACUUAUUGUACGGGGAUGUGCUUUAUCGUCACUUUAAUUUGUAAACUUGUUAAGAGGGUAACCUCUUAAAGACACAUCUAUUUAUAUUUAUGUUUUUUAAACACUUGAUGUUUUUUAAGAGGAUAAGUUGUAAAAGACGCACUUAAUUAUAUUUAUGUGUUCCAAACACUUAUUGUAUUACGGGGCUAUGCAUUAUCACAACUAAAUUUUUAAAUGCAUUAUUUGUAAUUUAUUUUAGGUAUAACCUUGGAGCAGUACACCCAAGUGAUGGACAAUGACGGACCAGUACUGGAGUGGAGGUGACCCGAGUGUACAUUCGACCGUCAAUUGCGUGAAGACAUCCCAUUGGCCGAGAGUACUUAUCGCUCAUUUGAACAUAUCGGUCAAGGCAAUGCAUCCACCAACAACACUGGACUGACUGACCUACUAAUUGCGAUAUAUGAACAGGGUGACGUAGAUAAAAGUUCGGAAAAUAGCCACGCAAUUCAAGAAGCCUCACCGGAAGACCACCAAAUGGACGGGAAUACUCAUCCCUCGCUUGGACAUAUCGAUCGAGACCAUGCAUCGACCAACAACACUGGACUGACUGACCUACUAAUUGCGAUAUAUGAACAUGGUGACGUGGAUACAAGUUCGGAGAAUAGCCACGCAAUUCAAGAAGCCCCUCUGGAAGACCACCAAAUGGACGGGAAUACUCAUCCCUCGCUUGGACAUAUCGAUGAAGACCAUGCAUCGACCAACAACACUGGAUUGACUGACCUGCUAAAUGCGGUAGACGAACUUAAUGGUAGCCCUAAUCGUACCGAAACAUCGGCGGACGUCUGUGUAGAUGCAAGUUUCGAGAAUGGUAACGAAAUUCAAGAAGACUCCCUCGAUGACGCCGAUGUUGGAGAGGACAACGAAGAUGUGGUGGACAGAGUCGUCGAAUACAAGAUUGUCGAGGGGUCGACACAAAGACAGCGAUCUAAACUGGUAGACUCUAACGGAUACUCUUAUGUUCUGAAGCUAAAGAGGACUGGCGUAACAUAUUGGCGAUGUUGUGUUCGGAAUGCAGUGAUGAAGUGUCCCGCGACUGUUGUCCAGAAAGGUGGGGAUGCAUACAUACAUACACACAUACAUAGGCCUACAUGCAUGCAUGAGUAA